CAACGAACAUGGCUGAGGAAACGCAUUGUUUUGAGCAAACCUACACAUUUAAUCUGCUUUCCAACAAACACUUUACGUUUCUACGAGAUUCUCAUACAUCGGGACUCUUGAUGAAGUGGUCCAUGUUGGAGAGAAUUUCUGCUCAAGCCUUUAACUUUGACCAAACAUUUCAGGCUUAUAGAAAGAAUGAGUUUGCUUUGCAUUUCUUUCAGGAUCCCUGUGUUAAAAAGUACUUAAAGAUGCUGAACACCUCUGGUGUAUGGAUAACUCUAGGCAAUGAAAUUACGCAUGUGGAUGUGGAAGUUGUUCCUUGCACUAAAGUGUCUGUGGACAUAUUUGAUCCAAUCUUCUCUAGUGGAAUUGUGCAUCCUUCUGGCCAUAUUGUCAAAUGCUACCAUGAAGUACAUCCUGACUUUGAUGAGUUGAGAAUGAUGUUGCUUGAGGAGGACUCUGAUCAUUAUAAUGUGGUCAGUCCAUGUGACCGCCAGGAGUUUCUGUUUAGACUGUUUAAGCACAUUGUACUGGGUGGUGAACUUUGCCAGUAUGAAGAUAUCAUAAGUCCCUACAUUGAAACUGCUAAAUUGAUUUACAAGAAUUUGGUGAGUGUUCAGAAGAAUUCUGAAACAAAAGAGAUAAAAGUUGUCUCAACAGUCUUGCAAGUAUCUGCUUAUGAUGGUAAUGGCAUUUAUUAUCCAUCUGGGAGAGACAACGAGCAAACAUUUGCCUAUCUGUGCAUCGAUCCUUUCAAAAGACAUGUGUAUGUCUUGUACCACAGUUUUGGUGUUGGAUUGUUUUCUGAUAACAGUUUGCUAUGCUCUUGAUAUUCUUUUACAUGAUUAGAAGGUUUUCUGUUUUGUAACUCUCUAUGUUAUUGAUCCAUGUUAUUGUUAAACAUUGGUAUUUUGGAUUAUGAUGGAACAAUAUGAACUGUUUUCCUGGGCAAUUCAAGGAAGCAAUGCAGAUUAUUUUUUAUUUAUUAAAGCUUCCUAACUGUCCAUCAGGUAAAUAACUAUAUUUAGUGAAAAGGGUGCUUAUGUAUGUAUGAAAAUGUCAUCAUCCACAUCUAAUAUUUUCUGCCCAGAAAUGCCACUUAUCGUCUAUAGCACCAUCUUCUGGCCAAAUAUUUACUGGAAAAAAACAAAAAGGUGCCAUGAUGCACCAUAAACACUGAAAAUUAAAUCCUGAUAAACAAUAUCUGAUAAAACAAUGUUGAGACAUAAAAAUCUUUAAUAAAUGCCUUCAGUGGUGUUGUUAAAUGUGAUGGUUUUUAGGUUUUCAUAGGAAGCAUUUUCAUGUACUUGUUCUUAUUGUACUUACUUAUAUGCUGAAAGAGUGGCUGUCUAUACCCAAAUGCAAUAAUCUUAAGUAAUACUUAUGAAAUUGAAAAACCUUAAAUCAGCAUGGAUAUAUGAACAUAGAUAUUGGCAAACAGUAAAUAUGAAUAAGAUUAUGAAUAUGAUUAUAAAAUAUGAAGAUUAUGACUGAAUUUUGAGUUAAUUGAAAAAAGUUAUCACUGGCCCAUUUACUGGGUAAACCCUAUUUUAUUGCUGCAUUUUAUAUGUACAGCUUUAUGUUGUAUGGCUGCACUGACCUCCACAUUCUGUCAGCCCCAUUCUUCCAUUUCAUCAGUUUCGCACCACAGAAUCCCUGCUGAUUGAAUAUUAUCUGGAUGAAGAACUAAUUCUAGCUUUUAUCUUUCAGUAAUAGUUAUGUGCAUGAAAACACACACUUGCUUUUGUGUUAAUUCCACAGUUGUGAAGCAAAAUGUCAGCAUAUCAUGUAUGUAGAACUUUUGUGAUGCUCUGACGUGACAGGGAAGAAUUUUGACGGUCACCGUGUGUCAAACGUAGUUCAAAUGUGCUCAACUCAUGGUGGUUUUCAGUUAAUCGUGAACGUGCUUCAUUUGAAUUCGAUCUACUCAGAGUUGACUGAGUUUGAUGACUGAAAUUUUAACUUGCUGUUCUGGAACAUAAAGUUCAAAAUAUUAA